UUGGUGGCCUUUGUUUUCUUUGCGUGGUUUUUUUUUUUUUGUCUUUCUCUGCUGUCUUUUUUUGUUGUUGAUGUUGUUUUGUCGUUGCUUUGGUCAGCCAGUGCGUCUCUUUACGCAUGGCCAUGGGGACUUUUCCUUGUUCUGUUGUAUUUCUAUCAAUGCUCAUCCCAUUGCAAACCUAUACACGCCUUGGUGCGUACUAUGAUAUCCUUGACUCCAUUCGCGCGCUCUGCCUUGUCUCUUUCUUUCUUUUUUUAAUUGCCGUCUCACCUAAUAGCCAUGGAAGAUGCCCAUACGACCUUGCUCAAUGUGGAGGAUGCAGAAGGAACCGCAUUCUUUGCCGUCUAUGAUGGUCACGGAGGCCCAAACGUAGCCAAAUACAGUGGCGAGGGAUUGCAUAAGAGAAUCGUCGGCGACAAGGCAUUCGCCAAGGGCGAUUACAUGGCCGCAAUCAAGAACGGAUUUUUAGAGAUGGACAGGGCUUUGCGCUUUGAUCCCGAAUACGGUGGAGAUUCAUCUGGAUGCACGGCCAUUACUGCAACAUUCACGGACAAAAACGUUCUCUAUGUGGGCAAUGCUGGAGACUCGCGCGCUGUCCUAGGAAGCGAUGGAACUGCUAUCGCUCUGUCCAACGAUCACAAGCCUGUUAACAAAGAGGAGUCAAGGCGUAUUGUUGCGGCCGGCGGAUUUGUGGAGUAUGGCAGAGUGAACGGUAGCCUUGCCCUGUCCCGUGCAUUGGGCGAUUUCGAAUUCAAGAUGAAUGCGACCCUCGGACCUGACGACCAGAUCGUGACCGCAAAUCCCGUCAUUGUGGAGCACAAGUUGACAGAAAAAGACGAGUUCCUUGUCUUGGCCUGUGAUGGUAUCUGGGACUGUAUGUCUUCUCAGGAGGUGGUGACAUUUGUUCGCCAGGGUAUUGCUGACAAAGUUCCUCUGGAGACCCUGUGCGAGAAGACGAUGGAUCACUGCUUGGCGUCAGACAGCGGCAUGACUGGUGUGGGGUGUGAUAACAUGACGAUGGUCAUCGUCGCUCUCCUGAACGGAAGGACGCUGGAAGAGUGGUACGAGCAUAUUGCCCAGCGUGUCGCCAUUCGUCUCGGACCCGCAGAUUCCAGCGUCAGGGCUAACGGAGAUGAGGAUCCAGAGACCUUCAAGGAGAAGAUAGUAGAGACGGAGACAUCAGAGUCGACAGAUACCAGCAAGGCCGAGGAAUCCAAGGGCGUGGCGAAGGAAGGAUCCAAGGUGGACGAAAAACCAUCGGCGACUGAGCCAUCAACACUCAACGACGAGAAGAAGGAAGAAAAGACGAGCGUGGUGUAGGCGAUCAGGAAGGCGAACGGCGAGAGUAGGGAACCGGACAUUCGCCAUCCAACGGGUUUAUUUUCUUUUUUUUCCUUUAUUGUCAUGCCAUAGGGUUGCUUUAUCUUUCGCUUUCAUUAAACCUGGGUUCGCAGAAAAA